GCGAGAUCUUACCUCGAGCGUGACAGGCGGGCAUUCUUUCUGGGCGGUAUGGGAGGGCUUUGGCGUCCGGAAUGGAGGCGCGUCGGUCUUUGUGGCUGGCGAUGGUGUCCCGCUGGGGCUCCGACCAGCUUUGCGGAGUGGGUAGAGCAGUGUCUUAAGCCAGGGAGGAGUGGGACAGGAGGUGCUGAGAGGGGGCUGAGGCGCCUUGGAACAUGGAGGCGCCCAAGCCUGGCCGGAGACCUAGCCGUACCCCGGCGACCGAAGAGCACGAACCCUUACACGCGCGCGCAGGAGGAGGAAUGGCGGCGGCGGAACAAGACCGUCCUCACGUACGUGGCCGCGGCCGCUGUGGGCAUGCUGGGGGCGUCCUACGCCGCCGUACCCCUGUAUCGGCUCUAUUGCCAGACAACUGGACUUGGAGGAUCAGUAGCAGCAGGGCAUGCAUCAGACCAGAUUGAAAACAUGGUGCCUGUUAAGGAUCGUAUAAUUAAAGUCACCUUUAAUGCAGAUGUGCAUGCAAGUCUCCAGUGGAACUUUAGACCUCAACAAACAGAAAUAUAUGUAGUGCCUGGAGAGACUGCACUGGCAUUUUAUAAAGCUAAGAAUCCUACUGACAAGCCAGUAAUCGGAAUUUCUACAUACAAUGUUGUACCAUUUGAAGCUGGGCAGUAUUUCAAUAAAAUACAGUGCUUCUGUUUUGAAGAACAAAGGCUUAAUCCACAAGAGGAAGUAGAUAUGCCAGUGUUUUUCUACAUUGAUCCUGAAUUUGCUGAAGAUCCAAGAAUGGUGAAUGUUGAUCUCAUCACUCUUUCUUAUACAUUUUUUGAAGCAAAGGAGGGGCACACAUUGCCAGUUCCAGGCUAUAACUGAAGUCAGCAACUAAGUCCUGCUUCAAAUUUGUGAUUUUUGAAAAAUCAUGUAUCUUGUCUUCUCGGAAGAGAAACAUUCUAUAAUAAUAUAUUCCAUGAUAUUUUAUGCUUUCUAUUUUAAAUGUUAUAUAGCAAUUUUUUCCCCCAACUAAUUUGCCCUACUUAAAAUAGAGACCAGGUUCAGCUUUUUAUCAUGAAUCCACAUGCCUUUUUAGAAUGUGUGAUUGUUCAAAACCAUACUUCGCUAAGUAGUAUUAAAGGAAACUGCUUUGUUUUGUAAAUGUGUAUGCCUGGACUUGGUGGUUCGGCUUAAUUCAUUGGUUCCCUUCCACAUUAUUAGCACUAUACUUGUUAGCAAUAAUUUAUUUUUUAAAUGCCUAGUAUUGUCUUAGGCUCUAGGUCAGAACUUCAGACUAUAUUUCUAAAAACAGUUGGUUUUCCCCAUUGUGCACAGUCACUCUUUUAAAAAUUCAAAAUGGAAGAGGAAUCACUAAACCCUAAGUUUACCCAAGGAUCAUAUUUUGAUUUCAGAUGUGAUUUUUUAAGAUCUAGGGCAAUUUACAUUCAAAGUACUGAAUAAUUUGAAAUUUUGGUAUCAUGAAAAUGCAAGUACCUGCUAGGCUUCUAAUAUUUCUUAUGAUAGUUCCAAGUCCCUGAAUGCUGAAGUGUGAGUGUGGGAAAUGUGAAGGUUCAUGACAUUAGAAGUUCUGCAAUGAACAGCCUCUGUAAAAAAGAUGUAUUAAAUUGUUUUAAUAGUAAUUUAUUUGUCAUUGUAAUUUAUAACAUAAAUGAAUGCAUAAUUUAUUCUGAAUGUUUUCCAGUAGUCUUUAUUCCAAGUAGAAAUAUUAAAUUGCAGUAAAAAGAAAAAAACAUUUAGUAGUAUAAAGAAUCAUAUUUAAAGGGAACUAAUUGUAGCAUUUGGUGACCUCUUCAGGGUAUCUGAAAUAUAAACUACAAUAUUAAAACUUUUUUACAAUUCAUAAUUCUAA